UGGAGUUCAAGGGUCGCCGUAACACUCCAAGAUGGCGGCCACCUUGGCGAGCAGAGGGCUCUCAGGCCUGCUGAGACCUCUGGCCGCGUGGGGACGGGACCGCUUCCUGCACGCGGCCAGAGUCGCGCCGCUGCCCGCGCGCUUCUCCACGCUUGUCCGCGGGCGGACGGACUUCAGCCCGCUCCCGCAGUUCCACGGGGCCGGGCAGCAGACGCUACUGCGCCGCGUCACUCCCCUCAUACCAUCAGUGAAGCUUGAGCCCACUAGAAACCUCACGUCCUGCAGUCUGAAGAAGGGCAAGAGGAAGACGUUGAGGUCUGUGGUGCAGCGGUUUCUCAGGCUGCACUGCGGCCUGUGGGUCAGGAGAAAGGCAGGAUACAAGAAGAAGCUUUGGAAGAAGUCAGCGGCCAGAAAAAAGCGCUUACGAGAGCACGUGUUCUGCAGUAAGACUCAAUGCAAAAAACUAGACAAAAUGACCACAUCCUUUUGGAAAAGAAGAAACUGGUUUCUUAAUGAUCCUUACCAGAAGUACCAUGAUAGGGUUAACCUAUAACCUGUAACCUAUAACCUCUUAGCAUAUUACACCUGUACUGUUAUAUGAAGAAAAUGCUUGUUCGUGACCUACUCUGUUGACAGUGACAACCUCCACGAACAUUUGACCAUUUCUGAAUCUUGCUUUCUGCAACUGUAACUGGGGAAAAAAGAAAAAAAAUUAAAACAAAGGCAUGUGCAUCCAUCAUGGACAGAGUCAAUAAAAUAUAUUAAUAAAGUAAAUUCAUAAAAUUCA